AUGUACUCCAGGGACUGGCAGCAACUUAUAAGAUCAACCGGAGCCACAGUCUUCGAGAUGCAGUUACUAUAUACAUAUAUAUAUGACUUCAAGAACUUCGAGGCCUUAUAUUCAGGCACAGGAUCACCUCUCAUUCAAAAGAAACAGACAGAAGACAAAGAAAGCUUUUUAGUGUCAUCAGCGGUGUGGUUUGAGGUUCCAAAACAGGAUCCAGGGAUACUCUACAAAAAAACACACAUACUGCAAGAGUACUUCAAAAUGGUAAACAUGAAUAGAUUCUCUAGAAAACCGAUAGAGUUACCACUGUUCGCCGCGUCAAACCCCAAAAGGAUUUAG